AUGACACAUUUCGAAACGCUUCAGCUCCAUGCUGGCCAACAGCCUGACCCGACCACAAACGCUCGUGCGCCACCGAUUUACGCCUCAACUUCUUUCGUGUUUGAUAAUUCUGCGCACGGUGCCGACCUGUUUGGACUUCGAACAUCAGGGAAUAUCUAUUCGCGCAUCGGUAACCCAAGUGUUGAUGUGUUUGAGCAACGCAUGGCUGCGCUUGAAGGCGGCAUAGGUGCCGUAGCUGCAUCAUCUGGCCAGUCUGCUCAGGCUAUGGCGCUUCUCUCUCUCGCUAACCAAGGCGACAACAUUGUGUCAUCCUCAUACCUGUACGGCGGCACGUACAACCAAUUUAAAGUGUUGCUCCCAAAGAUGGGCGUGCACACCAAGUUCGUGUCAGAUUCGACACCAGAAUCGCUGGAAAGAGCCAUUGACAGUCGCACCAAAGCAAUCUUCCUGGAGUCUAUUUCAAACCCUAAGUACGACGUGCCUGAUUUGCGCCGCGUGUGUGACAUGGCACACAAACAUGGAAUCCCUGUCGUCGUGGACAAUACAUUUGGUAUGGGCGGCUUCUUGAUUCGUCCCUUUGACCAUGGGGUAGAUAUUGUCGUCCAUUCUGCCACAAAAUGGAUCGGAGGACACGGAACCACUGUUGCUGGUGUCAUCGUCGACUCUGGCCAUUUUGACUGGAUGAAAAGUGGUCACUUUCCGCAAUUCACGCGGCCAUCGGAGGGAUAUCACGGACUAAGGUUCUGCGACACCUUCGGUAAAUCCGCCUACAUUGCAUACGUGCGCACAGUCAUGCUUCGUGAUCUCGGCGCAUGCAUGAAUCCCUUUGCUAGUUUCCUCCUCCUCCAGGGCAUUGAAACUCUGUCGCUUCGCGCAGAGCGCCAUUGUCAAAAUGCCAUGGCUCUUGCCCGUUGGCUUGAGCAACACAAGCAAGUAAAGUGGGUCUUAUAUCCAGGUCUCGCGUCGCAUCCGAGGCAUGAGCUUGCCAAGAGGUAUCUCAAAAACGGAUUCGGCGGUGUUCUCUCUUUCGGACUCCUUGGCACUGUUCAGCAGGCAAGUCAAUUUGUCGACACUCUCAAGCUGGCAUCGAAUCUCGCUAAUGUGGGCGACAUGAAAACGCUCAUUAUUCAUCCUGCCUCCACAACACACCAGCAGCUUUCUGACGAGGAGCAAGUGGCGUCGGGCGUCACACAGGACCUAAUCCGUGUAUCAGUAGGCUGUGAGCAUAUCGAUGACAUUCUCGCAGACUUUGAACAGGCCUUUUCUGCUAUAUUGGAUUAG